AUGGCGGAAUUUCAGGAAUUUAUUCGUGAACUGGAAGGCGACGAGAACCUGGACCUCUACCGAAAAGAAUACGUAAAACUUUUCCAAAAAUUACAGAUAUCCGAAGCGCAUAAGAAGAAGCUCCGCGCAACAUGUCGGGGUCAAGAGGCGAAGAUAGCAUCGAACAAAGUCAAACUGGAUACUGCUCGCAAGUUGAUCAAAGAUGAUGAAUCUCUUCUCUCCGCCCUGCAGAAGGACGUAAACCUCGCUUGGCAAAGAUCGAACCUGGCUUCAGACAGAGUUCUUGAGCGCAAAGAGACGAUUGAAGCUUUGCAGCAUGAUAUUUCAAACUUGAAGGAUCAUCUCAUGCAGGGAACAUCUGCUGAAAGUAUGAAUUUGGAUGAUCUGAUGAAAGAAAAAGAGGAGCUGACCCGGGAACGGGAUGAACUCCUAAAUGAAGCGGCCAUUGUGAGAGAGAGUAUCACAAAGACCAUGUCUGAUCUACAAGAGAUGGAGCUCCUGCAAGAAAAGGCCAUGGAAGCAAUCACUAAGCUUCAGAAGGACAGGCAGGCCUGCCAGGACGAGUGCUCCAGCACCACUCUGAGGAAGGAGAAGGCAGAGCAGGAGCUGCAGCAGCUCCACAGAGAAGAAGACGAGAAGCACCAGGCCAUCAGGGAGCUGAGCGCAAAGUGUGAGCAGAGCCAGGAGGAGCAGCUGAGGCUGCAGGAGAAACUCCAGGCCGACAGGACUCUCAUCGAGGCAGUCACAAAGAACCUGGAGGACCAGCUAGCCAAGAACGCCCAACUGGCCCUGGUGAACGAGCAGGCUGCUCAGAGGGUGGAGCACCUGUCCUUGGAGAACCAGCAGAGGACAUCUGAUCUGAAGACCUCAGAGGAAGAGACUGAGACCGUGUGUCAGGAGAUAUCCCGGCUCGAGCUGAUAAAAGAGAACAACCAGAAGAAGCUCCACCAGCUCGAGGACCUCAAGACGGAGUCUGAGCAUCAGAGAGACAUGCUGAAGAGCCAGACAGCUGGUUUGGAGACAGAAAUUGAGUUUGACCAAAAGCAGAUGAAGAUUGAUAACAAGGCCAUCAGGGAGUUGAUGCGUGAGAAAGACAUUCUGAACAAGAACCUAAUUAAGGCCUCCACGGCGGCGAAGAAGCAACUGUGCGUGGUGAAGCUUCACGAGCAGUCCAAGAAGAACCUGGAGCAGGAGAUCAAGAGCUACAAGGACGAAGCUCGGAAGCAGCUGAAGAUAAUCGCCCAGCAUGAGAAGGAGCGAGACCACUACAUCAGUGAAGCUGAUUCUAUCCUGGAUGAGGUCCACCACAUAACGGAGGAGACCCGAGAGCGGGAGGUGGAGAUCUUUGAGUACAGGAAGAAGAUAGGUGACGUGGAGAAGGAAGUUAAACAUCAGCAGCAUCUGUAUGAGGCUGUGAGGUCUGACAAAACCAUUUACAGCAAACAGCUCAAUGAGAUGCAGGGCGAGAUGAGCGAGAUGAAGACGCAGCUGAAGAUGAUGCAGUGUGACGCUGACCAGCUCAAGGAGGAGCUGCACGAGAAGGGAUCUGCUUUCGAGAAGGAAACUCUCGAGUUGCUCAACGUGGAGGACGAGAACACGCGGCUAAAGGUGGACCUUGAUAAACUGAAGGAGCAGGUUCAUGAGACGAAGCAUGUCAUUGAAGCUCAAGAAGCAGAAGAGAGCAAGCUUCUCAAGGUCCUAGACGAUACUGACACCGAGCUGGUCACACAGAGAAAGCAGUUGAGCCAGGUGAUCCGCGAACGGGAUCACCUGGGCAGGCAGCUGGUGGAGCGCGAUAAGGAGUUGGAGUCCCUGUACAUGAGGAUGAAAAUCCAGCAGGACGUGAUGAGUAAACGUGAGAUGCUCUACAACGAGAUGUCCGACAAAACCCAGGUGCUGAAGGAUGACAUCAAAAAGCUGGCCAAAGAGAAGAAAAUUGUGGACAAAGAAGUGUCAAAUAUCGAAGAUCUCCGGCGUGAGGUGAAUCAUUUACAGAAGGACCUGCUUCAGGAGCAGAUGAUGUGCAAAGUCUUAGAAGAAGACAUUCAGAUUCCGAAGAAUGUUCACCGAUGGAGGAACCUUAAGAUCUGUGACCCUGCAACCUACGAGCUGCACCAGAAGAUUCACCACUUGCAGAAGUGCCUGAGUACAACGUCUAAGCAGGUAGAAGAAACAGAGGUCUUAUUACAGCAGAGGCAGAAAUCGUAUGUGCAGCUCAAGCAGGAUUUGGCCCGUCAGCCAGGUCCAGAGGUUGCCGAGAAAAUUAAGAACUACCAGCAGACCCUGAGGGAUAAGAAAACACAGCUCAGGGAACUUCGAUCAAACUUAGACAUUUACAGGUCACAAAAAAAGGAGCUAAAUAAGAAGAUUGACUUCCUGGAUCGCGAGCUGGGAAAGGUGAAGAAGGAGUAUAUUGCUAAGAAGCGCAGAGAGCUGCAGUCCAGCACCAGCCAGAAAAAAAAUAAGGCGCCAUCUUCCCAGAAUGUUGUGUCUGUCCAGGACUCCGCCUCCCUCCACCUCACGAACAUGUCAGGCGCAAGCCUAAACCAGAGGGUGGACCGCCUGUCGGCAGGGUGUCUGCGUGUCUCUGCCUGCACCCGCACCUCUAAGCGCUAGCGACAAUUCAAUACGGAUUGGCCUGGAAGCCUGUGGCCCUCUGAACGCCAUGAAACUGCUGGUCUGUUCUCACCAGCAACCGCUUCGAUACAGUUGAAGACAUGGAGAAAAACACCUCACAGUUUUUAUAUUUCCUAACUGCUUGACUUUUGUGUUCAUCAAAUAUGCCCACAAAGCCAAAUUUUAAGCUCUGCUGUUGCAUUUUCUCUCCUGCCUCUCUUACCACACAAGGUGGCAGCACUACACUAUAUAACAUGUUUUAUUACUGUUUGACAGGUUUUAAUGCUACUCACUGUGUCUAAUUUACAGGAAUAAAAUAAAUAUGUUUCAAUAAAA